GAUCGAUUAGUUUAUAUUAAUUUGACCGGUAAAUUUCGAUCUUCGUUGAUUCGAGUCAAUGCAUUCCUAUGAUUCGCAGGCACGAGUAUGUAAACAAACAUGGCGACUACUAGUCCACGCGUGGAAGACUUGAUAAAUUAUUUUAAAUCGCAUAACAAAAUCAGAGAACAACAAAGUCAUUCUGCUAAAGUUCACAGUGUUGGAUGGAGUUGCGAUGGAAAAUUAUUGGCUUCAGGUUCUUUUGACAAAUCCGUUUGUAUAUUUUCUCUUGGACCAGACCGACUAAAACAAGAAAUAACUUUUAGAGGACACGGAGGUAGCGUAGAUCAAUUAUGUUGGCACGCAUUUUGUCCAGAAUUAUUAUCGACUGCGAGUGGAGAUAAAACCGUUCGUAUUUGGGAUACGCGAACACAAAAAUGUACUGCUAAUAUUAGUACCAGAGGAGAAAAUAUUAAUAUAUCGUGGUCACCUGAUGGUAAUACCAUAGCCGUUGGUAAUAAGGAGGAUCUUGUAACAUUCAUUGAUGCCAGAGUUAUGAAAAUACGUGCCGAAGAACAAUUUAAUUUUGAAGUGAAUGAGAUCUCAUGGAAUAAGGAUUCUGACACAUUUUAUUUAACCAAUGGACAAGGCUGUGUACAUAUUCUUAGCUAUCCGGAAUUAGAAUUAUUACAUGUGAUAAAAGCACAUCCAGGAACUUGUAUAUGCAUAGAAUUUGAUCCAACUGGACGUUAUUUUGCAACUGGCUCUGCGGAUGCACUAGUGUCUUUAUGGGAUGCAGAUGAAUUGUGUUGCUUAAGAACAUUUUCGAGAUUAGAAUGGCCAGUAAGGACAAUAUCCUUUUCCUAUGAUGGACAAUUAUUAGCAGCAGCAUCAGAGGAUUUAGUUAUAGAUAUAGGUGAGGUAGAAACGGGAGAGAAGAUAGCUGAUAUUCCAGUUGAAGCUGCAACAUUUACUGUUGCCUGGCAUCCAAAACAAUAUUUACUUGCUUAUGCCUGUGACGAUAAGGAUACAUACGAUAGGAAAAGAGAUGCUGGUAGUUUAAAAGUAUUUGGAUUUGCUAAUGACUGAACCACAUUUAAAUGGUUUUAUAAUUUUAU